AUGCGGGCGAUCUGGCUCUCUUUUUUCCCCUUGUUCUCGGCUCAGUCGCUUUAUGCAGGCCGCUGGCAACGCAUCAAAUCGAUCGGGUGGUGCUUUCCAGUGCGAUCCAGUAACAAUCCGAUUGACCCACUCCGUAGAUCAGUCAUGGACUCCAGCCACAUAGCCGUGCGAAUGGCCUCGCGACGCAGCCCCUCGCCGGACGCCGAUGACGACUCCGUCUCCAAGACCUCUUAUGGCAGCUUCAGCUCCAUCGAGGAUAUCAAUGUCCAGAUCCACGAGGAGUGCGAUGUCAGCGAAACCACUCCGCUGCUGGCAGCCACCAUCUCGUCCUCCUCCUCCUCCUCCACCAGCUCAAGUCUGACAAAAGACUGCCUCAAUUGGCGAUCCGUGGGACUGCUGCUCAUGUGUGCCUCCUCCCUGGGAUUGGCCGUGUAUUUGCUCUGGCGACAAACUCAAGUGCCGGACUUUGGCUAUCGGCUCAGUCUCAUCGAGCAUGAUAUAUGGUCGGAUAUGGAUCUGAAAAACCGCGGAACUCUGCUGGAUCCCCGAAGAGUUGCCACCGUAUUCUUUACCCACACGGCCAGCGACGGAUGCCUGGAAGAUUGCCCACAACUGCUGCAAAGGUUGCAGCAAUCCCGUGAAGAAGAGCUGCCUUAUAACUUUCUGAUCACGGGCGACUGUCAGACAUUCGAGGCACGAGGAUGGGGUUACGAGAGCAGUUACCCAGGAGAUCUGCCACAGAAUAGCUCCCUGGUGAUGGCCUUUGUGGGCGACUUUAGUCGCAGGCCACCCAGCAACUGCCAGUUAAGAACGGCCCAGGCCUUGAUCCUGGAAUCCUUGAAGCGACGGAGACUACAGGCCGACUAUCAGCUCUAUGUGCUUGAUACCAAUGCUGAAGCAGUGCAGCGGGAGCUAGAGCACUGGCCGCGCUAUGCGGGACGCCGGAGAACCAAGUGA